AUGUGGUACCCAAGUGGGACCAGGGGCUUCCUUUUUGUCCCUUCGUUUUGGCCUUGGAGUAACUACCAACUAAUUUCUGAACAACAAGAAGAAAGGAAACCUAAAAUGACUUCUGAAAGUAGCAAUCUUGUGGAUGGGAGUUCUGAAGCAGAUGUUUUAAGGAGGCUUCUCAGCAUAAACCUGGCAAUGACAACUCAUGGCCCACAUCAGACAAUGAAGAUUUCAAUUUUGAUAGCAAGAAUGCUGAGCAAAACUAACUGCUAUUCAGCAAUUCAAGAAAAACAUAGAAGCAAAAUAUGGCAUGUGAGACCAGAGAACAGGACCUCAUAUGAGGACAAUUUUUAUAACGAAAAUGACGAUGUGGUUGGCAACGUUCCCAAUACAUUAAAAAAAAGUCCAGGGCUCUUCUCAUCCUACCUUUCCAUGACCUGA